UGCUGUGGGUAAACCGUACACGUUUUGGGCUAGGAUUAACGCUUUAGGUGGGAGAACCAAUGAGAUUGAGGGGGCGGGAAAAAUACAGGUUAUGGCGGAAGUGAGAUAAAAUUGGCUAGUUGAUAUGCUAAAACUGGAGGUGUUGGGAAGCGAAAGUAUAGUAUAAAAUAAUGUUGUUUGGUACUAAAAUGCUGGUAUUUAUUUCGUAGUGAAUACACCCUAUAACAGCACUAUCUAUCUUCAAGUCACGACUUGAUUGUCAACAACCAAGCAAAUCCAGUAGCUAGCUAGCUAUCUGAACAGUUAGCUAGGCUAGUUAGUGCUAACGCUAUCUAAACAGGGCUGGAUUUGACCAGUAGAUUUAACAACAGCUAACGUUGAUUUGUUGGUAGAGUUUAGGCAAAAUGUCGAUUCAGUACGAGGAGCCUGCAUUGGCAGAGAGCUAUGGUGUUGUGGACUCUUUCCCAAAGGAUUUUGGCUACGGAGUGGAGGAACCAGAUAUCGAGGAGGAGAGCACGACAUCAGGUGACAGUAAACCAAGGAUCCUGUUGAUGGGAUUGCGGAGAAGUGGGAAGUCAUCUAUUCAAAAGGUUGUAUUCCACAAGAUGUCGCCCAACGAGACACUAUUCUUGGAGAGCACCAACAAAAUCUACAAGGAUGACAUCUCCAGCAGCUCUUUCGUAAAUUUUCAAAUCUGGGACUUCCCUGGUCAGGUGGACUUCUUUGACCCUACCUUCGACUAUGAGAUGAUUUUCAGGGGCACGGGGGCUUUGAUAUUCGUCAUUGAUGCUCAGGAUGAUUAUGUUGAAGCCUUGGGGAGGCUACAUCUCACAGUGUCCCGAGCCUACAGGGUCAACCCAGAGAUCAACUUUGAGGUGUUUAUCCAUAAGGUUGAUGGCCUGUCAGACGAUCACAAGAUAGAAACCCAAAGAGAUGUCCAUCAGAGAGCCAACGAUGACCUGGCAGAUGCCAGCCUGGAGAAGCUUCAUCUCAGCUUUUAUUUGACCAGCAUCUAUGACCACUCUAUAUUUGAGGCUUUCAGUAAAGUUGUCCAGAAGCUCAUUCCUCAGCUACCAACAUUGGAAAACCUUGUGAACAUUUUCAUAUCAAACUCUGGGAUUGAGAAAGCCUUCCUAUUUGACGUGGUCAGUAAGAUCUACAUCGCCACCGACAGCUCCCCUGUGGACAUGCAGUCAUACGAGCUUUGCUGUGACAUGAUCGAUGUUGUCAUCGACGUCUCUUGUAUCUAUGGCCUGAGGGAAGAUGGAAGUGGCAGUGCCUAUGAUAAGGAGUCUUUGGCCAUCAUUAAGCUCAACAACACCACCAUACUCUACCUGAAAGAGGUCACCAAGUUCCUAGCCCUCGUUUGCAUCCUUAGAGAGGAGAGCUUUGAAAAGAAAGGUUUAAUAGACUAUAACUUCCAUUGUUUCCGCAAAGCCAUCCAGGAGGUGUUUGAAGUGGGGUCAUUGACACAGAGGACAGGCAGACUACAGCCAAGCUCGUCCAACAACAGCUUGUCCAGCGUAAAAUUUGGUGUAUUAAACGGAAGUGCUGUUUAGAGGAAUGUAAGAAAAGCAGAGUGGUUUGGAAUGCCUUAGCGCACUGAGAAUGGACAAGUAGUAAUUGUGUAGUUUACUUGGAAGGCUAUGGAGCAUCAAAGGUGACACAGGGAAAAAGCAGGAAAAACUGUGAAAAUUUACACUUGGGGGGGAAUGCUGUUCUGUGCAAGGAUUGGAAUGGGUCAAAAAACGCUGGAAUGGACUAAACACUGAAGAGAGUUGAAGCCAGCAAGCACAUCUAUUUUAAGCACCUGAAUGUUUUUGGGUUGUGUCUAAUCACAAUUAUUUGACGAUAAUGAUUAUUUUUGCUACAAACAGUUUUACGAGUAUCGAAAUGACAACGUCGUCAUUGGGGUCUUCCUCAGCACAAGUCAUUUAAACAGGGCACUAUCUGUGUUUUCCCCCUCUUAUUUCAGGCAAGGUUCAACAGGAAGCAACAUUGUCAAACAAAUGAAUUAGGAAGCCUGCAUUGAAUCAGUAAAUAUCACUUAAAAAUAUAGAUGUUGGUGUUAUCACACAGGACAUGGGUUACUAUGGUGCAAAGGCGACUAUUUGUAAGCAUACACCUAUAGAUCUGUGAUGAUUGCUACAUGUAUUUCUUUCAACUUAGUUGAUUUGAUUGUUUUGGAGCCUAACUAAAAACUAGGCCUUGUUCCUCAAAGAUAACAUUCCCCCAUCUUGGAAGAAAACCACAUUGAAAAGUACUUGUGGUUGUAAACUAUGAUACUGUACCUACUACUCUCAUGCAGUUGUGUCAGUUUGAACCUGUAGCCAAAUCCACUAUAAAAUGAGUUUACUUUUAGGCGAAUCAGUGCCCUGUGCUGCAUAAAAACAUAUAUAUAUAUAUAUAUAUAUAUACAGAACUAUACUAAUGUGUGAAUGUUUGCUGAAAGAUCUCUGUGUUACAAAUACCUGGGUCCAACAUUUUUUUAAACAUAAAAUGUAUUAAUUUAAUCUUUCAAUUUCGCUUACACAAUUAUGAUUGGUAUGUGUGUAAGGGUAUUUAUCUCUCUGACAUGGAAAGCUAUCUGAAAGGUCAGUACUGUACAUACAGUAUGUUUCGUAGUGAGUACCAACAACCCUCGUGGUAUGUAGAGGUAAUCACUCAGGGUGCGUCCCAAAUGGCACCCUGCGUCCCUACAUAGUGCAAUACUUUUGUAGUCUGACUACCCAUCCUCAUUGCCCUGGCCAUAUGCCACACCCACUAGCAUUUCUUGUAUGGAGUGAUCGAAAGAGCAGCGGAAUUCAAUUCAAGAUGAGUCGUCAGGCAACUACUUUUGACCAGAGCCCUAUUGGCCAUGGUCAAAAGUACUGCACUAUAAAGGGAAUGCUCGAGGUCUCCCUAGACACCAACAGUGCCAGUUAUAAUAACCUAUGAGUCUGCCUUAAUUACCAGCGUUACAAAUGGAGUAGUACAGGAUGUUAUUCUUACUGGUUCCAGGGCGCUGUAGUGACUGACUCUUAGCUUACGGGGCGGCAGGUAGCUUAGUGGUUAAGAGCGUUGUGCCAGUAACCGAAAGGUUGCUGGUUCUAAUCCCCGA